AUGGCAAAUACAAACUUAUGCACCAAGAGCGACACGAACUACACGGACCUAAUCUACGCCGAAUUGACUAUCUGCGAAAAACCAUCCAACGCCCUUUCUGGAGAAUGUGUCAAAGGAGCUGCGAAUGAGCCUGACAACUGUGGCUUUGCGACAAAUACCAUUGGUCUCUGCACUUAUUGUGCAAACGGCACCGAUAGCUGCUGCACGAAAUCCAACGCCACGACUCGCUGUGACGGUGUCGCAGUACCGACUGUUACUCUACCACCUCUCACCCCCUCGCCCUCCGCCACUGGAACUCCUAGCCAUGGCUUGUCCGGCGGCGCGAUUGCUGGAAUCGUCAUUGGCGCCGUUGUAGGAGCCGCCAUUCUAGGUGCCCUCCUCGCCUUCCUUUGCAUUUGCAUGCGCCGCCGUCGUCGUGAGACCCAAAACGAAGCUGCUCUCAACCAACCAAACCCACAAAGGAAGGGUGGAUCGCCAUUAACGCAGCAGCCCCCAAGCCCAACGUCGUACAACAUGGUCCCUGGAGGCCGAGUCACACGGAUGUCUGCAUUGCGCGAAAUGCCCAGUUCGUCAUCGCCCGCCUAUUCCCGUACCUCCGCGGCGAUGUACGGCGGUGGAGCCAAAUACAGCGACACGUCAGACUCUGAAGGCAGGGGCGCCAGUCCAGGAGCUAUGUCCAAGAGAAUCCCACCGGUGACGGGGAAACGCCAUGGCUCACUGUCGAGCAGCUCGGUUCUGGCUGGACUAGAAAGCGACAGCUCGCCUCGCUCCGGCCUGACGAACCAAUACUCUUCUCCCGAAGGAGUAACCAGUGGUCGAUCUGAGCAGCUGUCUUAUUUCCGCGACUACUACUCCCAAGAUGAGAUUCACGCUGGCGACAAGGUUGCCGUUCUUUGGGCGUACUCACCACGCGCGGGCGACGAAUUCGAACUCGACCGAGGUGAGAUGUUGAAGGUAAUUGGCAUCUGGGACGAUGGCUGGGCGACGGGUGUGCGACUCCCCGAGCGCGCCGAGGACCAAGAAACGAAUUACCGAGAACAUCGGGACAGUGGUGUCUCGAGUGGCUCGCGUAUGCAUGGUGGUUCGUCGCCCAUGCUGUCAGGCGAGAUCAAGGCUUUCCCCUUGGUCUGUAUCUGUCUACCGCAGCACUGGCACAAGAUCAUCGACGGCGGCCAGGAAGACGAGGAAGUUUGA